AUGGCUAAUCAGGCAGUCCUUCAGACAGAUUGGAACGAUUAUCAGUGGUUCUCUCAAGAUUACAUACCGAGACAGACGGUUCCCGUCCUGCGAUUGUUUGCCUCUAUCAUCGAAUCUCAAUCUAGGAUACAGUGUUACAUCAGAAGCUCAGAUAGGAAGGCAGAAAUCGUGUCUAGGGUUCAAGAUGCUUUUGCUAGGAUGAAAGCUUCCAAUGAUCUGAGAGGUUAUGGACAAAUCAGAUUACAGUGUGAACAGAGGGGUGUACCCCAGUAUAGACCAAACUACGCUCCUGCUCCUACAUUCGGUGGUGUACCCUCGUCCUCCAGUUCAUACUCUCGCCCCGCAGCUCCCCCCACCAACGGAUAUGGAUCUUCCUCAUACAGUCAGGCAGGUCCAUCCAGACCAGGAGGUUCAAAUUGGCAGACUCAAAAUCGUCCACCACCUACUUUACAAGACUGGAAACCCAAUCCCAUGUGGAAACCUAUACGAGCUUUGACAAGUAUGGAGAUGUUACCUGAUAUAUCACAUAAUGAGAACUCGCAUGUCAGAAGGGAAAGAAAGACGAAUUUCUCGAUACCAAAUGAUGUGAUAGAAAAGUUGAACUAUACGAGAGAUCAUCCAAAUUCACAUCCUCGCUAUGCCAUUCGUCUCUUCUGUACUUCCUCGGAUCACUAUAAACCUCUCGGCAUGCCUGCUUUACCUGGUCAGCCGGUACCCACAAACAAAAUACUACCGAUAGAGUACCCAUCCAACCCAGACAUAAUGGUUGAUUCCUAUCCACUGUCGUUCAAAGAGAAAGGUCUGAGGGGAAAAGCGGGUAGUGCGCCGCCAUUUGAUCUGGAGAAGGCACCAAAUGGGUUAUCGAGAGUUCCAGGGAGAAUGACAACUAUAGCUAUGGGUCAUACUGGGCCCACGGUCGGGAAGAAGAAGGAUGUUGCGAAGCGAUUCUUCUAUCAAAUCGUUUUCACCGAAAUGACAACCAAAGAAACUUUGAUAAAUCGCUUGAAAGGUCUAGUCCCAACCAGCGUGGAAGCUUCGUUAGCGGAGUUCCGAAAACGUCAAGAGGAGGAUGAUGAUAUUGUCGUUGGUACUUCCGUAAUGUCACUCAAGGAUCCACUGGCCUACAUGCGGAUGACAAGACCCGUUCGUUCCUCGAAAUGCACUCACAUACAGUGCUUCGAUGCGCAAUGGUGGAUCGAAAGCAACAGUCAGCAUCCACAGUGGCAUUGUCCACAUUGUGGGAAGGAGCUACAGUUUCCAGAAUUGAUAGUGGAUGGAUACGUACUAUCGAUCUUGAAUGCUUGUCCAGAUUCGGUAGACGAUGUCAUAUUGGAACCGAGUGGUGACUGGCAUACCGAAGACAACAAGUACGGUUCGGCCGAUUGGUUGGCUUCCCAUGGUACUGCUGCUGCGCCAUCACCAGUUGAGACAAAGCCGGAAACAGCACCUUCGCCCCAAUCAAAUGGACCUACUUCCGACAACGCGAAUGCCAAGAGAAAGAUUGUCGAGCUACUAUCGGAUAGUGAAGAUGAAGACGACGAACCGUUAUCGAGGACUGCCAAUGGUAAUGCUCGUUCCCUAGCACUUCCAGCUGCUGCCAUACCUCCACGCUUUACUCCCGCUGCUACUCCCGCUACCCCUGCUACUGGUGGCGCUUCCUCUGCUCGAUCGUCAAUACAACCAGCCAACGAUAUCAUCGAUCUUACCCUGUCUGACUCUGAGGACGAAGACGAUACCGACGAAGCUCCACCAGCUUCUCAGACGUAUUUUCGCGGACCGGGCGCCGAAUACACGAAUCGAAACGCCGUCGAUUCGAAUCCUCCCCUUCACUCUCAGAUAGAGAGUAAGGGAUCGGCAGCUCGGCCCAGCGGCGGACCUUCCAUAUCUAUCGCAAGAGAUGCCCCAUUAAAUGGUCAAGGGAGUGCAGCACGAGGUGGUGGAACGUGGAUCAAUCCACUGGAAAGAGAUAACUUGUUGAAUACGAAUCCUAGAUAUGGUCAGGUGCCUCCUGCUGGACCUCGUGCUGGAUACGGAUCAAGCUCGGGAUCGUUGUCUAAGAGACCGAGAGGGAACGAAUGGUAUGACGAUGAACGUCCAACGAAUCGCGAUCUCCGACAGACGUCUCAAAGUGCAAGUGGCAAUGGUAAUGGAAGUGCUAGUAGAUCGGGAGGAUUUUCGUCGUAUUCAACGAAUCAACCUCAACCAUACCAGUCGUCUGUCCGACCGCCUUUCGUCUCACAUCCCAAUGCCUCACAUUCUUUCUCUUCACCCCUCCCUUCACCGACAUAUCAGCCACUCGCACCCAGACAGCAAGCUCAAUCUGUCUCAUCACCACUUAUCCCUUCCGGCUCAUCAAGCAGUCUCACUAAUGGGCCUUCAGCGAUGAAUGUCAGUGGCUCCUCCAGAAAUCGAAUCGAACCUUCUUCUGCAGUCUCUUCAACUCAAUCACCUAGUCUGAGAGUCACCAUCCCUAAUCCGAAUUACCGUGGUGAGCGAAGUCGAACCAACACACCUCUGAAUUCUGCUACUAUCGGUAUUUCUAGUACUGCAUCACGGGAUAAGAGGGACACGGACGAAGCUUCGUUGGAGCUCAAUCCGAGACCUGACGUAGUUUCACCUGAUCGUCCUACCUCGAAUGUGAAUCUUCCAAUAUACAAUAGAUUCACAUCCACUGCCAACGGCAGUGCCAAUAACGCUGGUAAUCGGGACGGUUUGGACGGUCAUGUUUAUGACGAUGGCGACGAAGCUGAGAGAUCUUCAGAUUUGGGAUUGGGAAUGGACACGAUGGAAGAGAAUUUCUGGGAGGGUGUAUUGAAUGGUGAUAUCGAGGGAAUAUAG